AUGAAGCUCCUCCGUUCCAUCAAACAGACAAAGCUCAUACGACCGCCACGUCACAUCGAGCCGGGCGCCAAACGGCACCCAAGCGCGAGAUAUGUCUACUCGCUCACCGCCUUCGUCUCGCUGGGCGGCUUUCUCUUUGGUUGGAACCAAGGAGUCAUGGGCAUGAUCGUCGCAGACGAGCGCUGGGCCAUUCUCAUGGGCCACCCCAGCGACUGGGCCAUCGGGCUGGUCGUCAGCAUCUACAACCUCUCGUGCGCCGCGGGCGCCAUGAGCGCAGGUUAUGCCGCCGACAUCCUGGGCAGGGAGCGCACGCUCUCCAUCGCGGCGUGCCUGACCAUCCUCGGCGCGCUCGCCCAAGCCGCCAGCUCGACCAUCGCGCAGAUGACGGCCGGGCGGCUGAUCAUCGGGCUGGGAAUAGGGGCAUUCGCAGCCGGCGUGCCGCUGUACAUCUCCGAGAUCAGCCCGCCGGGCCUGCGCGGCCGCGUCGUCGGAAUAGAGCUCAUGAUCCUUUGCUUCGCCGAGAUGGCCGUCUUCUUCCUCGACUACGCCUGCUUUCUCUUGAUCGAGUCUGACGGCUGGUGGAGACUCCCCCUUGUCCUGCAGGUCGCGCCCGCCGCCCUACUGGCUGUCGGCUGUUGGCGCUCGUCUUGGGUGCCGCCGUCGCCGCGCUGGCUUGUCGCUCAGGAGCGCUACGAUUGCGCUCUGGAGGUGCUCACGCGCUUGCAUGGGAGCGAGGCGGCCGAGAUAGAGAUGCGUGAGAUCACGGACACGGUCGGCGAGGAGGAGGCCGCUGGAGACAUGGCGCAGGCUGGUUGGGCGGAUAUGUUCAAGGGCCCGGUGCUUCGUGUUACGCUGCUUGGGGUCACUAUUCAGUUCCUACAGCAGGCUACCGGGACGAAUGCGAUCUUCUACUAUACGCCGCAGCUGUUUCACAAUGGAGGCAUCACCGACCCCAAGAUUGCGAAUCUGGCAACGAGCGGUGUGGGCGUAGUGUUGUUUCUAUCGUCGUGGAUCCCCAUUUUCUACUACGACCGACUAGGCCGGAAGACCUGGUUGCAGCUGGGUCUCGUGGGCAUGUUUACCGCUCUCAUUGGCAUCGCUGCACUGCAGAGGCACGCAGAGAGCCACCCUGGUGACCCCAAGAACUAUGCGAUCAUUGCAUUCCCAUUCCUGUUCUUCACGUGUUUCAAUGCGUCGUGGAGCUCGGGAAGCUGGCUCUACGCAGCUGAGAUCUUCCCUAUCUCCCUGCGGUCGAAAGGAAACGCCCUCUGCACUGCAUCGCUCUGGAUAGCCAACUUCCUAGUUGCCCAAGUGACACCGCCCAUCAUGACUGCCAUAUCGUGGGGUCUCUAUCUGAUACUGGCUGCAAUCAACGUCAUCGCUUUUGUGUUUGUCCGCUAUUGCCUUGUCGAGACGCGAGGCAAGACUCUCGAGGAGAUGGCGUCACUCUUUGGCAUUGAAGAGAAGGUCCCCGGGGGACAAAACGAUAGGUCUUCAGAGCGUCGUGAAUUAUUGUGGGCAGACCCUGUAGACGAAGUUGAAGAUGAGCCAUAG